AUGAUCCGUCGGGAAGAACAGCUACUGGAUGCAGAGGAGCAACACCGGGUGAUGGUGGAAAAGUAUAGGGAGAAAGAAAGGAAGUUAGGCGGACGUUGUGCAUGUGUGGACCGAUUGGAUGGGUACUUGAGGUCUUUCAAGAAGACUGCGGACGUGGCGGAGGGAUUCGGUUUCCUCAAGCUUUGGGGGCAUCCUUACGUGGAUCCAGUGGCUGGAUGUGAGUCGGCAAAGAAAGUGGGGAAGACAGAGUUAAACCUCAGUCUUGAGAACUGCAAGGAACUGGAGCACUGCUUCUGCCACAUGUACACACGAGGGUACUUGCAGAAAAGAGGCAGAUGGCCUCCCCUAGAGUUCACACCUCGGAUCGGUGGGCCAACCCAACUGGAACUGCUCUACAAAAGACAUCAACCUAGUUUGGCCUUCGGAUUCACCCAGUAUCCCUCCUCCGACUGGAACUAUGCCAGAUUCCUACCUCAUGUAUCUUUUGACUACGGAGAGGACAUCUUGAGGUUGGUGGUGGACAAGUCUCUGUCUUACGAGAGGCAGCACUUUGACCACACCUGGAAUACCAAGCUAGAUUACAAACCGGAGCGGCCCAACACUUCCUCACGAGUCAUGGAGGAGUUGAUAUCCCGUCCUGACUUGGAUUUGGCCAGCAUAGUGGAGCAGGUUGCUAAGAAGGACAUUCCUUACAAGUGGCGCAUUGUGACCGUUUGCCCCAAAGAGAGAGAGAUGAAGCUUCAACCAAGAAUGUUCUCCAUGAUGACGCUGGAGAUGAGGCUGUUCUUUGUCUUGACCGAGCACAACAUUGCGGAGGGUAUUUUCAAAAGCUUACCGGAACAGACAAUGACACUUUCCAGAACGGAGCUGCUUAACCUGUUCUUAAAGUCGACAGAAAAGACCGGUGCCUCCUGGGUUCGAGCAGUGCUCGGAAUUGAUUUUGAGAGAUGGAACUUGUACUGGAGGAAGGAGGUAGUUCACCGGGUUGGCUUUAGAAUGGACCAAAUAUACGGAACCGCUGGAGUCUUCUCGGUAGUCCAUGACUUCUUUGAGUCGUCUCUCUGUAUGUUGCGGAUGCCAGACUACCCACCCGACAACCUGAACGAGAUGAACCGGCGGGAUCCUCCUGAAGGCCGAACUUUGUGGUACAAUCACAAGGGAGGCUUCGAGGGAAUAGCCCAAAAGCUCUGGACCACCUGCACCAUUUGUCUUGUUCACAUGGCACUGUGGCCUAUGAAUUUGUCCUACCGCAUUAUCGGACAAGGAGAUAACCAGCAUCUCCUCUGGAGCGUCUGGUGCAACGGACCGGAGUGA